CAGUGUAAAACCUCCUUUAACCCGGAAACAGUACCUGGACCUUUAACAAGGCAGGAAGUGUCUCCCAAUGGUAGUGACAGUUAGCUAUCAUGGCGCUUGAUGUAAAGUCCAGAUCCAAACGAUACGAGAAACUGGAUUUCCUGGGAGAGGGUCAGUUUGCUACAGUGUACAAGGCCAGGGAUAAAACGACUGAUACCAUAGUUGCCAUUAAAAAGAUUAAAGUUGGCCACAGAACUGAGGCUAAAGAUGGGAUUAAUAGGACUGCUCUGCGAGAGAUCAAGCUGCUGCAAGAACUGCAUCAUCCAAAUAUCAUUGGGUUGCUGGAUGCCUUCGGACACAAAUCUAACAUCAGCCUGGUGUUCGACUUCAUGGAAACAGAUCUGGAGGUAAUCAUCAAGGACACAAGCUUAGUCCUGACUCCAGCCAACAUCAAGGCCUACAUCCUCAUGACUCUGCAAGGAUUAGAGUACAUGCACCAACACUGGGUCCUGCACAGGGAUCUGAAGCCCAAUAAUCUGCUGUUGGAUGGUAACGGAGUAUUGAAGUUGGCUGAUUUUGGCUUGGCCAAAGCAUUUGGCAGCCCCAACAGAGUCUACACUCAUCAAGUUGUGACCAGGUGGUACCGUUCCCCCGAGCUCCUGUUUGGUGCCAGGAUGUACGGUGUGGGUGUUGACAUGUGGGCAGUGGGAUGCAUCUUGGCAGAGUUGCUCCUUCGGAUACCAUUCCUUGCUGGAGACUCAGAUCUCGACCAGCUGACCAAGAUCUUUGAGGCUCUUGGGACACCCACAGAAGAAACAUGGCCUGGAGUGAGUAGUCUACCAGACUAUGUUUCCUUCAAAAUAUUUCCCGGCACACCUCUGGAACAUAUAUUUAGUGCAGCUGGGGACGAUCUACUAGAGCUGCUACAAGGCCUCUUCACCUUUAACCCCUUGACGAGGACCACAGCUACACAGGCUUUGAAGAUGAGGUACUUCAGUAAUCGACCUGCUCCCACUCCUGGUCCCCAGCUCCCCCGACCCAACUGUUCAGUUGAGGCCCUGAGGGAGAAGGAAACAGUCGGGCUCAAGAGGAAAAUCGAGGGCCUGGACACAAAUGUGAUGAUGAAGAAGAAGCUGAUUUUCUGACCAGAUGGGACCUGAUAAAUCUGAUGAUCACCGUCUUCACACCACAUGGCUCAGCUUUCCCGCAUUGCUCAGGAUUGUCCACUGGAAUGAAAAGCAAAAAAAAGUCCAAAUCCAGCAGUGGAUCUGGUUGUCUCUAGGACAUAAUAGAGAUGGUAGCUGUUAAAUCAGUUAGAUAUUGUGCUUGAAGUAACCAAGUCGCUGCUGUGUUCAGCAUUCCUUUGAAUGACGUCCAAACAGACUGGUCAGUAGUGUUGGCUCUGGUCUUUCUCCAUUGUAACAAUGAUGCCUAAGCUCUGGGAGCCUUUUGGAAUAUGUCUAUUUAUGUGACUGAUGAGAACAACCAAACUAGAGAGGCUUGAUUUAUUCCCUCUGUAUGUAUUUUUAUUUUUUGUAUGUAAGACCAAUAAAUGGUGCAUAUGCAUA